UGAAUAGUGUAUAUAUUCCAAUGUUGUAAUUAAUGUGAUACGGAGGAUAAUAUAUAAAUAAUAAAAGCCGACUACUACACGCUGGAUCGGUCCACGUACAUUUCUCAGAUCUUCAAUCAUUUUCCCCCUCACACAAAAGAAGAUCGGAGAUUGGCCGGAAUUUUUUCAUAUAUCCGGCGUGGGAAAACUGUACUAAGGGAGAAUUAUUUAUUGAAGGUUCAAUUCUGAAAGAAAAAAGGAAGAAAUAUAAUGGAAGAUGAGACGUUGAGAGUAGGGAGGUCAUUGGAGGGAACUCCGACUUGGUCGGUAGCUACCGUCACCACUGUCAUGGUUUUCCUUUGCUUCUUUGUAGAACGCUCCAUUUUCCGCUUUGGAAGGUGGUUGGAGAAGACAAGGAGGAAGGCUCUUUAUGCUUCCCUGGAAAAGAUAAAGGAAGAGCUCAUGUUGCUAGGCCUAAUUUCUCUGUUGUUGGGGCAAUGGGCAAGAUGGAUUACUCAAAUUUGUGUGAGCUCCUCCCUCUACAACAGUAAAUUCUACAUUUGCUCACAAGAGGAUUAUAGUUCCUCCCAAAGAAUGCAUUUCCAAGAUUCAUCUAUGGUAUCAUCAAAUCACAAUGAAGAUAUUCAUCCCCAUACAAUUAGGCAUUCACCCCAUCAUUAUUCUCAAUGUGGAGAGGGUCGGGAACCUUUUAUUUCUACAGAAGGUCUUGAGCAGCUUCACCGUUUCUUGUUUGUUCUUGCCAUAACUCAUGUUCUCUACAGUUUCAUAGCCGUGGGCUUGUCAAUGAGCAAGAUCUACAGUUGGAAGAAAUGGGAAAAUCAAGUGAGCAUCGGGCCCGAGUCUAACAACUUACCAGCAGCAAAGUGUAAGGUGAUGAGGCGACAAUCAACUUUUGCUCUUAAUCACACAUCACAUCCAUGGGCUAGAAGUCCAAUUUUAAUCUGGAUGCUUUGCUUUCUACGACAGUUCAGGAGUAGUUCCAUUCAGAAGUCAGAUUACUUGGCACUGCGUUUGGGAUUUAUUAAUAAUCAUAAACUUCCGCUCUCCUAUAAUUUCCACAAAUACAUAAUCCGUAGCAUGGAAGAUGAAUUUUAUGAAAUGGUCGGGAUCAGCUGGCCACUAUGGGGUUAUGCUAUCAUUUGCAUGUUUGUGAAUAUCCAUGGUCUUAAUAUCUAUUUAUGGCUUUCUUUUAUACCGAUCACUGUAAGUCUUCAUCUUACAUGAUAAGUUUGUGCUAGCGUAAGAAAAACAUCAACAUACGAAGUAUUUUUUAUACGUUUAAUGCUAUAAAACAUUUAUUAUGUUCAAGAUUGUCAUGGUGAUUGGGACAAAACUUCAACAUGUUAUGUCCUUGUUAGCACUUGAAAUUGCUGAACCAAAGGUUCCAGUAAUUGUUGGAACUCAAGUAGAGCCACGCGAUGGACUUUUUUGGUUUGGAAAACCAGAAAUCUUGCUACGCUUAAUUCAAUUUGUAUCAUUUCAGGUAGUGUAUUAUGUUGUUUACAAUAUGUUGUUAUUAUUAUUACUCUGUGUUAUUGUUAUUGUUGUACAAUAUAAGUUUCUAAAGGAGUUAUGAUUUAUAAUUUGAAACCCGCACGAGUAGCUCAGUUGGUCGAGUGUUGAGAAAAUUGGACCAAGUGAUCAAGAUUCGAAACCCACAGCGCCGUGUGGAGAUUACAGAACCUGAAAUAAGGCUAUUCAAUUUAUUAGCUAGGCUGGUUUUGGAGAGUAGUAAGAAUAUAUUUUUGAGAGGUAUUGGGGGAGGAGAGUUGUUAUUGUUAUGAGAAAUAAAUUUGUUUGAUGUACAUUUCAUUUAUUAAUAAAAUACCACAUUAAUUAUUAUCUAUGGUGAUGCAAACACAUGUUUAAUUUAAGUUCAACUAUUCAAAGUAAGUUUAAUUUAAUUUCACCAUAAAUUUAAUUUAAUUUGUACUUAGAGAUACUUCAUUUUAUACUGCUCAGCUAUAGUAUUUAGACAAUUGCAAAAGAAUUAUCUACAACAGAACUCUAGACCGGGAACUAUAAAUGAAUUUCCUUAUUAAUUUUACAAAUUCAAAAUUCCACUCUAAGAUUUGCCACUUCUUCAAUAAUGCCACAUUUGAGAGUUUUGCACUUUUGACUGUUGACUAAUUCCUUUUUCAUAUUUUUUUAUUGUCUGAACAGAAUGCAUUUGAGAUGGCGACAUUUAUCUGGACUUUGUGGGGAUUCCAGCAUCAAUCUUGCUUCGUGAAAAACCACUCAUUGUUAUCCCUCCGAUUGACUUCAGGGGUUACCAAACGGGCUCUUACCGUGAACCACACAAGCUUACAUUUUUAGUAACUACCACCUUCCCUUGCACCAAAUUUAACGAGAAGAAAGUGUUAUUUUGAGUCAAUGGUUGAGGAUUUGUAGUGUCAACUGACAAAAGUACUCGCACGGGUAGCUCAGUUGGUCGAGUGGUGGGAAAAUUGGACCAAGUGACCAAACUUUCAAACCCGCAGCGGUCGUGUGGACUGUGGAGGUUACAAAAGUUGAAAUAAAGCUGGACUUCUGGUGCGCACGUGUAUAAGGUUUGCCGCCGCUUUGGUGACUGAAUCACCGUGAUUAACCUCCGCACAUCAUGUCGGGUCGGGGUGGGGGCCUUAGGGUCGGACAUUCAACCAUUUGGACCAAGUAAUUGACAAAAAUUGGUCAAUACCACAAACUCAUGAAAAAGGUAGAGUUUCACACUCUGUUUUCCAACUUUCUAUGUGCUUAAAGUUUGCAAAAUGCAGGGUUCUUGUCCAACUAUGGUGUAGCUAUAGCACCAUUCCGUUGAAUGUUAUCAUCUCGCAGAUGGGGUCUCGGUGCAGAAAGGCUCUCAUAGCUGAAAGCGUCCGCGAGUCACUUCAAAUGUGGUGCAAGAGAGUUAAACAAAGAUCCAAACGCGGCACAUUGACUACCACCACAUCCGCACAUUCAUUCCAAUCAAUAAUAGAGGAAAGAGAUGAGGCAACCACUAUGACAUUAUCUCCUAGCUCCUCUCUGCAAUCCCUAAAUGCUAUUGAUAAGGAUGGUUCCACAAAUCAACAUCGAUCGGGAAAUGGAGAUUCAGAGAUAAGCUAUACAUGAUGAUUUCUUACAUUUUGUAGAGAAAAAAGAAUGGACAAAAUACAUGGAAGCCUUUAAGAAAUCGAGGAAGCUGAUUAGGAGUUAAGUUGUUAACUUAUGUAUCUGUUGAGCAUUUUCUAGAUCAGAUAAGAUCUUCUCUGUCGGUAUCAAAGGUAUCCUCAUUCAUGAGAUAUUAUUAGAGGAGGAUUAUGGUGAUAUGACUGAUUAUUUUUUCGAGCAUGAUUGAGCGGGAGGAUUAUUUGGCAGGAUUAUUUGAUAAAACAUUCUCAUAUCAAAA